AUCUGCAUCGCCUCUAAUCAAACUUUCAGCCUGGCACAAGCGAGUCCCCCACUUCAGUCGCAACCGCAAGUAUUUGCGAGAGGCUCAAAUCUCUACUACUCAAGCCUCAUUAUAGAGUUGAGCUUCUGCGCGUGACGUUUCUCCACACGAAAGCCAUAUCGAGUUUACAUACUGACCGCAGCUCCACCUCAGCCGUAUUGUAACCGCACCGGACAGGCCCCAUUUCACUGCUAGCACCAAUGGAUCCACCAAACAAGCUUCCACAGCGUAAGCCAUCCAUACUCGGGAUGCACAACAAGUAUCGAUCGGCACAUCGCACGCCACCCGAUAGCAUAUAUCCUUCGACUUCCACGUCUUCUCAGCCGUACAACUCUCGGCCUCAACGUCGUCGCCUAGGUCUGCGUAGUUUCUUCAGCAAGCCACACGAGCCAGAAGCACAGUCUCCAGUACUCACGUCUCCUUCGUCAUCUUCAGCAAUGCCACCGUCUCUGCCUCUGAUCCCAAAGUUUACCAAGGCAUUUGUCAACGCCUUGAAUUCUUCACAACUCUGCGAUUUCCUUACUUGGUUGUUGUAUCAUGAUAUUGCUGAACUUCCCGAAGUUCCUGAGGCUUGGUACAAGUGGAUCAAUACUGUCCCAGAUAGCCGUGUCCCCAGAUGCUUUCACUUUGUUGAGUUUGUGACGGAAUUGUUCGACGGCAUUCAUAAUUUUCUGUGAUAAGGACGACUUGUUACUGGAAGUAACCAAACCAAGAUGUGUCUGGAAGUUAUAUGCAAGCAGACGAUUGACGUAGGCAUCAAACAUCUACUUCAGGACGUCUAGGCGGCUCAAUGUAUCGCGCUUCUUACUAGAGCGUGGGGAUCCUCCUAGAAAUACCUUGAAUACAAGAGGACGAAUACCCAGCGCUGUAUGUUCAUGAUCUGUAUCGUCUGAUACGUCGUCGUUGGAGUUUUUGUCAACAACACUCUCUGUUGCUAGCUUGCCAGUCGAAUCGGUACUGUUGAAAUAGGGUGCCAUCGACCUCCAGUGGUCGUACACUGGUG